AUGAAGCGCAAACCAAAGUACGUUCUCAACACUACUCUCAUGUGCGAAUUGAUGAAAAACGUAGGCCUUCCCGACAGCAAGGUGACAGAGGACGUGUUCAACGAGUUUGCCAAUAUAAUGGAUGAUGCGCCCAAUCUGUCGUAUAGAUGUCUAGGCUCUAUGUUGAUGCAAGCAGCGAGCAUUGGUUCACUCAAAAUCAUCAAGUUCUUGGUGGAGAAGAUGUCAACCUUCGAAAGAGGUGAUUCCAAUAGCGCAGUGCACAUGAUAAACCCUCCCGUCAUGGGGGAGAUUAUCGACACAUGUAUCAAACAAGACGACAUCGAGUCAAUGGAGUAUCUGAUCCAGGUGGCCAUCAAAGUCACAGCAACAGGUGGAUUUAAAUACAAUACCGGCAGGCUCUUCAAUCUACACUUGUGUAGCACCAAGAUCCUCACACAUCUCUUUGACAAGGGCUACAUCACAGUCGAUGACCCCAAGGACAACAUCGUGUCAUUCCUAGUGGACGGGGCCUGCCAGUAUGGAAAGUUGGACAUUAUUCGUCUGGUGCACCAGCGUUGCACGACACCGGCACAGCUUCGGAGACAUCUUCCCUCGCUGUACUAUAUUAAUUUGGCCACUGGUGACAACUUUCACGAGGUACUCACUUAUCUGUUUGAAGGUGAUGGCAAUGGUGGUGAGCCAUCACCCUUCAAACGCGCCGAAGUUAAGUUUGACUUGGAUCGCAUGCUCCGAUCAAUUUAUUUAUUCAUUGUUUCACUGAUUGAUUGGGUCGAUGAUUGGUCGAUAUUAUCACGGGAUAGGAUAUGUGUACCCACUGGGUAG